AUGUCUUCAUCCAGAGAAUUGAAAGCUUUGGAGUCUAUACAAAUGAAUUCAUAUGCAGAGUGUAUGCAGUUAUCUCUCCUGUCACUGUUGUCACUGACUAUCAACGGUGACGUAUCAACGGUGAAUCAGUGGCAACAGAGGUUCUCCCGAUCUAUGUCUACCAUAACCCUGCUUACAUUUAUUGAAGUUCUCACCUUGGAUCAAGAGGACUACCAAGAUCCUCUUUGGGGUGGUAAGGACUCUGCAUUAUGGCAUGAACCACUUCGAAACUUACCCUUUGUGAAAAAGCUACGCUAUGGUGGCCUAUUCACUGGAGUCACUCCUAUCCCGUUAUCUUUGACUUGGGUACUAACUACCUCGGUUUAUAGACGCUCUGCAUUCAUUGUUUUGAACGAAAUUGUGGUUAGUGUCAUGAUAACAUUUGCACUUAACGCAUUGAUGUCAAUACGGGUGUUAGCGAUGUACGAAAGGACGAGAAAAGUUCUUAUACUUCUGUCUGUUUGCUUUGCCAUGGUACAAGCGGUCAACAUCAUAGCAUCAUUAUAUCUUGCUGCCGACAUGUCUAUAAUUGAUGAAGGAGGAUGCUCGUUUAAUUUUGGGAUUGUGUCUGAAGUUCUCACCAGUGUCUCCGCAUUUGCCGCUAGUGCAUUUGAAGUUCUUCUGUUUGUUAUGGCAGUUUUCCGCUUCAUUAGAGAUAUUAAGGAGGGAUAUAAGGAGAGAUUGGGAAAUUUUGACACGCUUGCGAGCGUUUUGUUCAGGGACAAUGCAAUCUACUUCGUCGCGUCUUUCCUAACGUUCUCGUUCAGCGCCAUAUCAUAUAUCGCAGUGGAUACCCCUGCAGUGGUUGACACUUGGGCGUGGUUUAUAGCAGAUUUCAUUGGCGCGCUCCUUGGGACCAUUCAAGUGACUAUACUGGGACCUUUGAUGAUAAUCAGCAUUCGCCAGUACAACACUGAUAAAAAUGGUAGUCGUGGUCGCGGUACGGCCAAUGCAGACGAAACGCUGCAGUUUGCUGCUGCUCCGUCGCACCAUGCGGAGACCACCCAAGAGGCAUGAAUACUUGGCAUGAACGUGAGGGAAGUAGAAUUCUUCAUCCAGUUUCAUGGCGUUGUUAGAAUAUACAUAACAGCUCAAACAUUGGUUAAGACCUC